GUUGUUGGAGACAUGACUUUACAAGGAAAUGAAGUAAUUUGUUCUUAUCAUUAUGUGCUUUCCUUUGUAUUACAGGUUUUUUUUCUUUAUUUUUCUUUCUUUUUGUUAAAAAUCCAAAACCUCUCAUUUUGAGAUAGAUUAAUUCAAUUUAUCAAGGUCACCAUUAGAAUAAGAGAUUAUAGUCAUACUUUAUCCUCUUUGUAAUAAAUUACAAUUUCUAAAAACUAAUCAUGCAUUGUGGAAGAUUAUUAGUUAAGACAUUGAAGGCUCAAGUGAUUGGACAAAAUGCUAUAUAUUGGAGAAAUUCAAAGGCAACUUUGCACCAGCUUGCUGCAAAUGGAACAUUUGGGGACACUGUGUUGCCCAGUUCUUCUUAUCAAGUGCCAGAAGACAUUAUGGCAGCUCGAGCUAGACACAGCAAUGAGUACAGCUUGGUUGAUGCUUAUCGCAAGUAUGGCCACCUCAAGGCUGAUGUGAAUCCUGUCUAUGCCAACAAGCAAGUGGUGCCAGAGCUGGAGCCAACCCAAUAUGGAGUUAGUCCCAGUCUGGACCCCAGUGCUGGUUCUGUUCUGUAUAGUCAAGAGAAUUAUGCCUCACUAGACCAGCUCACCAAUUCCCUGAAGCAGCUCUACUGUGGUCCUGUAGGGAUAGAGUUUAUGCACCUGCCAACUGCAGCUGAGCGGGAAUGGUUUGCUAGAGAGAUCGAGUCGGGUACUCUCUUGGAGCCAUUCACUGAUGAUGAGAAAAUACAUAUGUUGAAGCUGCUGCUCAAGUCGAAGUGCCUUGACGUCUUCCUCUCCAGCAAGUUUCCCAGCGUCAAACGCUACUCUGGUGAAGGCGCUGAAGCUCUCAUGUGCUUUUACUUCUACACAUUUGGGACUCUUGCUCAGAGUGGUGUGCCCCACGUGGCAGUGGGCAUGGCUCACCGAGGUCGUCUGAACCUCCUGACGGGGCUGCUGGAGCUGCCACUGGCCGCCCUCUUCUCCAAGAUGCUGGGCAGGGCCGAGUUCAGCGAAGAGUUCCUCUUCACCGGCGACACUCUCAUGCACAUGACCUCAGCUGCCGAGAUGCUCUUCACCGACGGGUCGCGCACUCUGGUUGAAAUGCUUGCUAACCCAUCCCACCUGGAGGCCGUGAACCCCGUGGCUCUAGGCUACACCCGCGCCUUGCACCGCAGGCGGGGCGUGGGCCAGUACACUGCACCACCUCGGUGCAGUGCAACCUCCUGUGAGACUGUCCUUUCUGGUGCACCGUCGUCCUCCGCCCCUGUCGCACUACUGGUGCACGGAGACGCCGCCCUGCGGGGACAGGGUGUGCUGCAGGAGACGCUCAUGAUGACGUCUGUGCCGCACUUCAGUGUUGGCGGCGCACUGCAUGUUGUUGUCAACAACCAGAUUGGCUUCACUACAGAAGCGGCAGGACGAGCUAGCGACGUCGCGCUGGUGUCGCGAGUGCCCAUUAUUUCUGUGAACGGCGAGCAGCCUGAGGCAGUGGCACGGGCCGCGCGUCUGGCAGUGCUGUACCAGCAGCGGUUUGGGAGGGACGUGUUCGUGGACGUGCUGUGCUGGCGCCACCACGGCCACAACGAGCUCGACAACCCUCGCCUCACCAACCCGCGCAUGUACAACAUCGUCGACGCUAAAACGCCGAUCCCAGAGCAGUACGCGGCGGCGCUGGUGCAGCAGCAGGUCAUCACUGAGGCUCAGGUCACCGAGUACACCCGCGACGUCACCGAAGAGAUGACGCGAUGCUAUGAGAAGGCUCAGUCAUAUAGUCCACCUGCCAGCAUCAUCCACUCGCGAUGGGACGGCUUAACCCAAAGUCCACAAUCUUGUGUCGAGGUCUGGGACACGGGCGUGCCUACAGACACUCUCAAGUUCGUGGCGGCCAAGAGUGUGGAGAUUCCUCCUGCUUUUAAUGUACAUCCGCACCUCCUGAGGACGCACGUCGCAGGACGACUAAAGCGACUCAACGACUCAGCUGCCGCAUUGGACUGGGCUACUGCAGAAGCCAUGGCUCUCGGCUCUAUCCUGCUUCAAGGCGUUGGCGUCCGACUCUCAGGCCAGGACGUGGGGCGUGGUACGUUCGCUCACCGCAACUGUCAGCUCGUGGACCAGACAACAGAGGCGCGCUACGAGCCCCUCAACCACCUCACUGACGACCAGACCGCCUACCUGGAGGUGGCCAACAGCAUCCUCUCCGAGGAGGCGGUGCUUGGUUUCGAGUACGGCAUGUCAAUCAACAACAAAGACGUCCUGCAUCUGUGGGAGGCUCAGUUCGGAGACUUCUUCAAUGGCGCUCAAACUGUCAUCGAUGCCUUUAUUUCUUCUGGCGAAAGCAAGUGGCUGUACCAGAGCGGCCUGGUGCUGAUGUUGCCGCACGGAUUUGAUGGCGCUGGCCCUGAGCACUCCAGCUGCCGCAUCGAGCGCUUUCUCACGGACAGCCAAAGCGCUGAACACAUCGCUGACUCCAGCGGCACGAACUGGACCGUAGCAACCCCGACUACACCUGCGCAGUACUUCCACUUGCUGCGUCAACAGAUAGUGCGACCGUACCGCAAGCCGCUCAUUAUAGUGGCACCCAAGACGAUGCUGCGGAUGCCUGCUGCAACGUCCCACAUCUCGCACAUGGCGCCUGGCACUCACUUCCUCCCUGUUAUUGACGACGCGAGCGUGCGUGAGAGCGACGGCGUGCGGCGCGUGGUGUUCGUGAGCGGCAAGCACUUCUACGCGCUGGCCGACGAACGUGCCAAGAGGGGUAUCAGUGAUACGGCCCUGGUCAGGGUGGAGUCCUUGUGUCCCUUCCCCGCCCACGAGCUGCACCACGUCCUCAAGAAGUACAGCAAGGCCAAGAAGCUUGUGUGGGCGCAGGAAGAGCCUCGAAACAUGGGGGCUUGGCCGUUCGUCUUCCCCAGAUUCCUGAACAUCUGUGGCGCCAAGGUGUCGUACGCAGGACGCGAGCCGCUGUGCACCCCCGCCGUAGGCGUCACAGAGCGCCACCGGCAAGAGGCUUCACACAUCCUUGACCUCGUCUUCGCCUGAGGCUUGUGUAGCCCUGACUGUUCGCCUUGCGACUACUCUUUGCAGUCUUCCUACUGAUUACCUUUCGUAGUCCACCUUUGAAAUGUUUUUAGCAGUCCUCCUUCCGGCUGCCCUCGACAUUCCGCCAUUCCAUUGCCUCUGACAUUCCGCCAUUAAGGCCCGUUCACACUAGGGGCAACACACGGGCGUCAAGCGCCUCACCGCC